CCGCCCCGCCCCGGCUCGGGAGGCCGGAGGACCCGGAGCGGAGGCUCCCGAGCCCGCGGCGGCAGCGCGGCGGCGGCGGGGACGAUGUGGUUGUUUGCCCGGGACCCGGUCCGGGACUUCCCGUUCGAGCUCAGCCCAGAGCCCCCCGAGGGCAGCCCACCCGGGCCCUGGGCCCUGCACCGCGGCCGGAAGAAGGCCACAGGCAGCCCAGUGUCCAUCUUCGUGUAUGAUGUGAAGCCCGGCGCCGAAGAGCUGACCCAGGUGGCCAAAGCCGCCUUCAAGCGCCUCAAAACUCUCCGGCACCCCAACAUUCUGGCCUACAUCGAUGGGCUGGAGACAGACAAAUGCCUCCACAUAGUGACAGAGGCUGUGACCCCACUGGGAAUGUACCUCAAGGCGCGAGCGGAGGCUGGUGGUCUGAAGGAGCUGGAGCUCUCCUGGGGGCUGCAUCAGAUUGUGAAAGCCCUCAGCUUCCUGGUCAAUGACUGCAGCCUCAUCCACAACAAUGUCUGCAUGGCCGCCGUGUUCGUGGACCGUGCUGGUGAAUGGAAGCUCGGGGGCCUGGACUACAUGUACUCGGCCCAGGGCAAUGGCGGGGGACCUCCCAGCAAGGGGAUCCCCGAGCUGGAGCAGUACGACCCCCCGGAGUUGGCUGAUAGCAGUGGCAGAGCGGUCCGAGAGAAGUGGUCAGCUGACAUGUGGCGCUUGGGCUGCCUCAUCUGGGAAGUCUUCAAUGGGCCCCUACCUCGGGCAGCCGCCCUGCGCAACCCUGGGAAGAUCCCCAAAUCGCUGGUGCCCCAUUACUGCGAGCUGGUCGGAGCCAACCCCAAGGUGCGUCCCAACCCAGCCCGCUUCCUGCAGAAUUGCCGGGCGCCCGGUGGCUUCAUGAACAACCGCUUUGUGGAGACCAACCUCUUCCUGGAGGAGAUUCAGAUCAAAGAGCCUGCUGAGAAGCAGAAGUUCUUCCAAGAGCUGAGCAAGAGCCUGGACUCAUUCCCCGAAGAUUUCUGCCGCCACAAGGUGCUGCCCCAGCUGCUGACCGCCUUUGAGUUUGGCAACGCGGGGGCCGUGGUCCUCACGCCCCUCUUCAAGGUGGGCAAGUUCCUGAGCGCCGAGGAGUAUCAGCAGAAGAUCAUCCCCGUGGUGGUCAAGAUGUUCUCCUCCACCGACCGGGCCAUGCGCAUCCGCCUCCUGCAGCAGAUGGAGCAGUUCAUCCAAUACCUUGAUGAGCCAACAGUCAACACCCAGAUCUUUCCCCAUGUCGUGCAUGGCUUCCUGGACACCAACCCUGCCAUCCGGGAGCAGACGGUCAAGUCCAUGCUGCUCCUGGCCCCGAAGCUGAAUGAGGCCAACCUCAACGUGGAGCUCAUGAAGCACUUCGCGCGGCUGCAGGCCAAGGAUGACCAGGGCCCCAUCCGCUGCAACACAACUGUCUGCCUGGGCAAAAUCGGCUCCUACCUCAGCGCCAGCACCAGACACAGGGUCCUCACCUCUGCCUUCAGCCGGGCCACUAAGGACCCCUUUGCACCAUCCCGGGUCGCUGGUGUCCUGGGUUUUGCUGCCACCCACAACCUCUACUCGAUGAACGACUGUGCCCACAAGAUCCUGCCCGUGCUCUGCGGCCUCACUGUGGAUCCGGAGAAAUCCGUGCGGGACCAGGCCUUCAAGGCCAUUCGAAGCUUCCUGUCCAAACUGGAGUCUGUGUCAGAGGACCCUACCCAGCUGGCCGAAGUGGAGAAGGACGUCCACGCAGCCUCCAGCCCUGGAGUGGGAGGAGCCGCAGCCAGCUGGGCAGGCUGGGCCGUGACAGGGGUCUCCUCGCUCACCUCCAAGUUGAUCCGUGCACACCCUACAGCUGCCCCGGCCGAGGCCAGUGUUCCCCAGAGACCCACGUCUGAGGGUCUUCCUGCCCCGGCCCCCACCCCUGUCCCUGCCACACCCACGAGCUCAGGCCACUGGGAGACACAAGAGGAGGACAAGGACACAGCAGAGGACAGCAGUGCUGCUGACAGAUGGGAUGACGAAGACUGGGGCAGCUUAGAGCAGGAGGCCGAGUCUGUGUUGGCUCAGCAGGACGACUGGAGUUCUGGGGGUCAAACCAGUCGUGCUGGGCAGACCAGCAACCCUGACCAUAAAUCCUCGGAGUUGGACUGGAGCAGCUGGGAGGCCGAGGGCUCAUGGGAGCAGGGCUGGCAGGAGUCAAGUUCCCCAGAGCCACCCCCUGAGGGCACACGGCUGGCCAGCGAGUAUAACUGGGGUGGCCCAGAGCCCAGCGACAAAGGCGACCCCUUUGCUGCCCUGUCGGCGCGUCGGGAUGCUAACACCCAGCCGAGACCAGACUCCUGGGGCGAUGACAACUGGGAGGGCCUGGAGAUGGAGAGCCGGCAGGCGAAGGCUGAGUUGGCCCGGAAGAAGCGCGAGGAGCGUCGGCGGGAAAUGGAGGCCAAACGCGCCGAGAAGAAGGCGGCCAAGGGGCCCAUGAAACUGGGGACGCGGAAGCUGGACUGAACCUCCGAUGUGGCCGCUUCCCGGCCGCGGAGAGCAGGCACCGCGGAUGUAUUUAUUGUACAAACCAUGUGAGCCCGGCCGGCCCGGCCAGGCGCAUCCCACGUGUACAUAUUCAGAGCCACAAUAAAUUCUAUUUCACACUC